GGCCCCGCCCCCGAGAGAGAACCGGCCCCGCCUCCCCGGCCCGGGCCCCGCCUCCUUGGCAAGCUGAGGGACGCUUUCACCGUAGCAACCAGCACUGCGCCCACCAUGGCUGAAGAAGAGGAAACUGCUGCUCCCGCGGAGAAAGUUCUCCGGAUUCAGAGGGUGUUUAUAAACCUGCUGGACUCCUACAGCAGCGGAAACAUCGGAAAGUUUCUAUCUAACUGUGUAGUUGGGGCUUCACUUGAAGAAAUUACAGAGGAGGAGGAAGAGGAAGAUGAAAAUAAGUCAGCUAUGCGGGAAGCUUCCACAACCAAAGUGAAGGAAGGCACAUUCCAGGUUGUGGGCACGCUGUCCAGGCCGGACAGCCCACAGCCCAACUUUGCGGUGGAGACAUACUCAGCCAUCUCCCGAGAAGACCUUCUCCUGCGCCUGCUGGAGUGUGAUGUUAUUAUUUAUAACAUUACUGAGAGCCCACAGCAAGUGGAGGAAGCCAUCUGGGCUGUCUCUGCUCUGAAUGAAGAAGUCAGCCACUUUGAAAAGCAGAAGGUAUUUAUUUUACUGUCCACAGUGUUGACCUGGGCAAAAUCCAAAUCCCUGGACCCCGAGGAUUCUGAGGUUCCAUUCACUGAAGAAGAUUAUCGAAGAAGAAAAGCUCAUCCUAAUUUUCUGGACCACAUAAAUGCUGAAAAAAUGGUUCUCAAAUUUGGAAAAAAGUCCAGAAAAUUUUCAACUUACGUAGUUGCUGCUGGACUCCAGUAUGGAGCGGAAGGAGGCAUCUUACACACAUUUUUUAAGAUGGCUUGGUUGGGCGAGAUUCCUGCAUUACCAGUUUUUGGCGACGGAACAAAUGUAAUUCCAGCAAUCCAUGUUCUUGAUCUAGCAGGAGUGAUCCAAAACGUCAUAGAUCACGCGCCAAAGCCUCGCUACCUGGUUGCUGUGGAUGAGUCUGUUCAUACCCUGGAAGACUUAGUCAAGUGUAUCAGUAAAAAUACUGGCCCUGGGAAAAUCCAGAAAAUACCCAGAGAAAAUGCAUACCUAACCAAGGACUUAACGCAAGAUUGUCUCGACCAUUUACUGGUCAACUUAAGAAUGGAAGCGCUCUUUGUGAAGGAGAAUUUUAAUAUUCGAUGGGCCGCCCAAACAGGAUUUGUGGAAAACAUCAACAAUAUCCUCAAGGAGUACAAACAAAGCAGAGGACUAAUGCCAAUCAAGAUCUGCAUUCUCGGUCCCCCCGCCGUGGGAAAAUCCAGCAUUGCUGAAGAAUUGUCCAAGUACUACAAACUGCAUCACAUCCAACUGAAGGAUGUCAUCUCCGAAGCCAUAGCAAAACUGGAGGCGAUUGUUGCACCUAAGGAUGUAGGGGAUGUAGGGGAAGGAGAAGAAGAAGGCGAAGAGGAAGAGGAAGAGGAGAAUGUGGAAGAUGCACAGGAGCUCCUAGAUGGCAUCAAGGAGAGCAUGGAGCAGAAUGCAGGUGAACUAGAUGAUCAAUAUAUAAUUCGCUUCAUGAAAGAAAAGCUAAAAUCAAUGCCUUGCAGGAAUCAAGGUUACAUCUUGGAUGGAUUCCCAAAGACCUAUGAUCAAGCAAAAGACCUGUUCAAUCAAGAAGAUGAGGAGGAAGAAGAUGAAGUCAGAGGCAGAAUGUUUCCCUUUGAUAAAGUAAUUAUACCUGAAUUCGUUUGUGCACUGGAUGCUUCAGAUGAGUUUCUGAAGGAGCGUGUGAUAAACCUUCCCGAGAGCAUCGUAGCGGGGACCCACUACAGCCAAGACCGAUUCCUCCGGGCUCUGAGCAACUACCGGGACAUCAAUCUCGAAGAUGAGACAGUCUUAAACUAUUUUGAUGAAAUUGAAAUUCACCCGAUACAUAUUGAUGUAGGAAAACUUGAGGACGCUCAGAAUAGACUUGCUAUCAAACAGCUCAUCAAAGAGAUUGGGGAGCCUCAAAAUUAUGGUUUAACAGACGAAGAAAAGGCAGAAAAGGAGUGGAAGGCUGCGGAGGAGCGCCUGGCCAGGGAGGCUGCUGAGGAAGCAGAACGAGAGCACAAGGAGGCCGUGGAGACUGCAGAGAAGAUAGCUCGCUGGGAGGAGUGGAAUAAACGACUAGAGGAGGUGAAAAGAGAAGAAAGAGAAUUACUGGAGGCUCAAUCAAUUCCCUUGAGAAACUAUUUAAUGACCUACGUGAUGCCAACUCUUAUUCAGGGCCUGAAUGAAUGUUGUAACGUUCGACCCGAAGACCCCAUUGAUUAUCUGGCAGAAUAUCUCUUCAAGAACAAUCCUGAAGCGCAGUGAAACUUUAAAGAUCUUUUUACAGAACCACAGAUCACUUAUUGUACUUUGAAAAACUGCUUUGAAAAAUGCUUUUCCAGUUCUUGGAAAAUUCUUUUUUUUUUUUAAUAGGCAAAUGUUCUAUAAACUAGAAUUACUAAAAAGAUGUAUGGUAUGAAUGACUACAUCAAUAAAAUUGUAUUUGAAAUGUAAAUCGAUGAAGACAUCUGUGCAUAGCUCAUGAGACAAAUACUGAUUUAAUAUUUUAUUCUUUAGUCAGAUCUAAAUAUACUGCUUCUGUACACUAAUGUUUAUAGUUAUUUAAUUUACAGCAUGAAGAAAAUCAGACUACAUAUUGUAGACUAUGUAUUAUUCUAACAUGUAGGCUAAUUUACAUGACUUGUUAUGGUCCCAAUAACAAUGGUAUUAGAAAUGGAAAUAAAUUUGAAUGGUUUAUGUCUUGUUGAGUCACAGUAAAUCAGACAAGACUGGUGUCUGUAAGGUUGUUGUUUUUUGUUUGUUUGUUUUUUGAUGAAGCAAUGGUUAGGGAAAGGUUGCUCUGUGUUCAGGGUCAGAAUCCCAGGCAAUGAGUCAGAGAGAACUGUAAACCUUUAGGUGGAGAAAGUCACAUAACAGGAUCAUUCCAAUCUUUGUGAUAAAUAAGAAGUUACUAAAUAUUUUCAACACACUUUAUAACAUAGGCCUAAGUUAUCAAUCCGAUGGUCUUUUCCAGUUCUAAAAAUCCCGUAAGAGUCCUAGAAUUACCUUAAAUGAGAAAUUAGUUUAGGUUUAUUUUAAUGGCAUACUUAUUUUAUCCCUUUAAAUAAUGUAACCCAAUAUAACUGCCCUAUUUUAUAUUUGUGGUGAAAUACAUGUAACAUAAAAUUCACCACUAUAACCGUUUUAAAGUGUGUAAUUCAGUGGCACUAAGUCCAUUCACAAUGAUCUACAGCCACCUCUACCAUCUAGUUCAGCGCUUUCUCAUUACCCCACAUGGAAGCCCAGCAUCUAUUAGGCAGUCACACUCCAUUAUUCCCUCCCCCCAGUUCCAGGCAACCACGAAUCUGCUUUCUGUCUCUAUGAAUUUACCUAUUAUAAAUAAAACCAUACAAUGGAUGG